GCGCGAUCCUGAGGGCGGUUGAGAGAUGGCGACUGUCGCCGAGCUGAAGGCCGUUUUAAAGGACACGUUGGAGAAAAGGGGGGUAUUAGGGCAUUUAAAAGCAAGGAUCCGAGCUGAAGUUUUCAAUGCCCUAGAUGAUGAAAGCGAACCCCGACCGUCAUUGUCUCAUGAAAACCUUCUAAUUAAUGAACUAAUUCGGGAGUAUCUGGAAUUCAACAAGUAUAAGUACACAGCAUCUGUCCUCAUAUCAGAAUCUGGUCAACCUGUAGUUCCAUUGGACAGACAGUUUCUCAUCCGGGAACUAAAUGCAUUUGAAGAAUCAAAGGAUAAUACAAUACCUCUUUUAUAUGGAAUUUUAGCUCAUUUCUUGGAUGGAACUAAGGAUGACCUCCAAAAUCCAUUUCUGAGAGGGUCGUCACUUCAGCCUGCAAAUCCAAAUCUUGGCAAACAACCUAGCAGAAGAAAGCACAAGGGUGACCCCCUAAGAACGGAGAAGGGGAGUAGUCCUAACAUCAAAGAUCAUCUUGUUUCUCAAGCAGUGAAGAGAUGACAUUUCCAUUCGGGGCAUCUUUUGUCUUAAAAUUAUGUGUAUCAAGUAACAUAUUUACUCUCCCAACAUUACCAAAAUACACCACUAAUAUUUGUCCUUUGUAGAAAUUUGAGUUUCUGCAAAAACAUUUAGCCCUUCCUGUUUUACUACAUUUGUGAAUAAAAGCUAACUCCGUCACCUA